CAUUAACAUAAUGCUCACCGGUCAUUACUAAUGUUAUUAACUAAUGGCUAGAAUAAUAUACUAAGUAACUUGGACCUUCUACCUGCCGUCACAGGGACAGUCUGGGAGACCUUUGGGUGGCUUGGAUAGAAGGUGCUAAGGAAGGGACUGCUCCAGGUACACAAGCCACCGGGAGAGGCAGAUAGGAGCUAACAGGAGUGGGGCUCACAGGUAGGCCCAACCCAACAGCAACCCUCAAGGGGGUGAAGACACCGGGCCCAGAAGCAGCACUGGGGUGGUGACCGUGUUUCCUGUUGCAGGGGCAAGUAGUUGAGAAAGGCUGGCAGGGAUUGGCUGCUGAAGUGGGUACCAGGGCUUGCAGAGGAGGAGAGAGACAAGGCAAAGCCUAGCAGGCUCUAAACUCAUAGCCCCCCACGCUACAGACGGGACCUUGCCUGCUUAGGAUCUUUUCCUUGUGAUAGAAAAAGAUACUGACUAGAGUGAAUUUCCAAUAGAGCUCUAACAGCAAAGGAGUCGUGGGUGAAUGGAGAAUUUAUGUGCCCCAGGGCUUUCUGUGUUUAGAAAUACCAGGGCAGUUUGGACUGCCUGGGAAGCCUGUCUGCUCAGGAAUUCUUCAGGUGCACAGGGCAGUGCGGAGCAGGCCAGGCUGCAAGGCAGUCCUGGAGAUGGGAAGUGAUGGUGGGCCCAGAGGAGCUCUGUCCUGUGUGUCCUUGCUCCACAGAGACAGCUCAGAAAGGCUGAGCAGCCAGAGAGGCUCCAAGAGGUGACUCAGAAUCUCGCUGUCCUUUAGCAGAGAGCAGCAAGGUCUCAGAGCGUCACACUCUUACACAAAUGACCCAGGACCCCUACUUCAGGAUCCAUGAGAGAGGUCACCAGAGGUGGCAUGAAGAGCCGGGUACACCUACGGAGUCAGGGGGGACACUUUGCCACUCCUGGGAAGCUUGAGCGGCCACUGUCAUAGUUACAUCUACUUCCUGUUUGAUUAAUUUCAAGCGGGGGGUGGGGGUGGGGAGGGAGGCUGGCUCCUGGCGCAGGCUACCACUGUGUGGGGCUGUUUACAACAGCCGCAUGUGGGAUUCCCAGAAAGAGACUCCAAACCGGACAUCCUGUGGCUGCAAAAUACCCAGGUGUCAAGAGCUAAAAAUAACUACUCUAGAGCUCCAGUUACCCAGAGUCAGAGGGGAAAGGGCCUGUUCACUGAGUGAGUGGGCAUGGGGUGGGGGGUAUGGGGGGGGGUGAAGCCUGAGCCUCCAGCCUUCAGAUCUCAGGAUGUCCAGCCGCAUGCAAGAAGUCUCUCUUGUAGCUGAGCCCGGACCUCUGCCUGUAUCCCAAGCUGCCCACCUGACAGCUGAGUCUGUAUCUACAAAGCGGGGGUCACCUAAGGCCAUCGGGGAAACACAGAUAUUCGUCACAGUAGCAAAGUUACAGUUAUGAAGUAGCCACGAAAAUAAUUUUAUGUUCAGGGGUCAAAUGAGGAACUGUGUUAAAGGGUUGCAGCACUGGGAAGGUUGCUCUAGAGAAGAGACACAGCAGGGUGCCACCGAGCAGAAAAAUGGAGCAGAUGCCCCUCUAAGCCCCCAGGCCAACAGUCCUGUUAUUGCUUGGUUUCUACCAACUCCAGUUCCUCCAGGUGACUUCUUCGGGCUGUCUUCAUGGGUGCCCACAGGUAAACGAGAUAGCCUCUGGCACACUCUGAAGAGCUUCCUUUGCCUUGUGUUUGCCCUGUGCCAGCCAGCUUCAAGGCGCGCGUUAGUUGAGAGCAGGGUUCUAGAGCUAUCAUGCUUUGUGACUCUGAGCUUUCAAUGGUUAAUUCUAUGCCACACGUCCCUGGGUGUAUGUAUGUGCAGGUGCGUGUACAGGAGGAACACAUGGAGGUCAGGAGAGGUACAGGAUCCCCUGGAACUGGUGUUGUAGAUAGUGGUGAGCUGUCAUAGUGGGUGCUGGGAACCGAACCCGGUCCUCUGCAAGAGCAGCAAGUACUCUUAACUGCUGAGCCAUCUCCCCAGCCCCUAACCACAGGUUAUUUAGUGCUUCAGGGUCUUAGUCUACCCAUCGAUAUACUAGAGCUAAAAACAGUAAUCUGGUGGGGUUUGUAACAAGCGUUGGGUGUAUUAGCACGUGAAAGGCACUUGGAGCAAUUGGUACUAGCGCAGAACAGUUUGGGUGGAAGGGAGUGGGCAGCCACUGUAGUUGGGAAGGGCGGAAGUGAUGGAGCUGGGGAAACACACACACACACACACACACACACACACACACACACUCACACACACUCAGAGAGAGAGGAGACAAAUGCCUGUGGUUGAUGAGGGAGAAUUCACUAAGACCAGAUGCCCAUUUGUGGUGUCGGGUGGGGGCUCUUCCAGGUUCGGAGCAGACAAGAUGGGUGCAUGGCUGACCGCAUUCCGAAUCACUCCUCACACUGGUCUGCCUAGACUCCUGCUGGUUAUGAGCUAGCAGCCUCCACACACCUCCCUCUGCCAGGGCAGCGCUGGUCUGAGCCAUCAUCUGAAGCUGCAAGAUUGCAGCCGGGGCAGCUGAAGUUCUAAGAGAUGUUGUUCCGCACACGGCUUUCCCCAUCUGGCCUCACCACCGUCCUUAACGCCAUGGGCCCUCGCUCCCCUCCUAGGCUUCAUUUGGGAGCCCACUGCCUGUCCCCUGGGCUCUGGGUAGAUCUGAGCAAGAAGCAGUUCAAAGCUAAGAACAUGAAGCUUUGGAAGGGGGCGGGGGGGGGGGAGACCAGAAACUGUUAUAAAAGGGUUGGAUUCAAGGAAAAUUUUAGGGAGUCUGGGGUCAGUGAGAAACUUACAUUCUGUCCUAUGUUUUUAGGUUCUUUUGAAUUUUCAAAAAAGAUUUAUUUAUUUUAUUUUAUUUAUGGGUAUUUUGCCUGCAUCGAUAUGCAUGUCCCUUGGAACGAGAGUUACAGACAGUCAUGAGCUGCCUCGUGGGUGCUGGGAAGUGAACCCGGGUUCUCUAGAGGAACACCCAGUGCUCCCAACUGCUGAGCCACCUCUCCAGCCCCCACUGAAUUUUAAAGUAGCUAUAAAUAAUACGUAUAUUUUAAAAGUAUUUCUUUUAUUAGAUUGUAAUAUGAAGUAAUACAUUUUAAAAAAUUGUAUGUAGCAUGCACAAUUGUGUAUAUAUGUUCAAUGUGCAUACAUGCAUGCGUACACAUGCAGGUGUGUGCUCAUGUGUAUGUAUGUGUAUCGGGUAUGUGAGUGCACAUGUGUUCAUGUGUGUGGGGUGCACAUAUGUGUAGAGGUCAGAGUCUAGCCUCGGAUGUCAUUUCUCAAAGGACAUUCAUCGUGUGUUUUGAGUCGGGGUCUCCUGCUGUGACGUGGCCAAUCUGUGUGACCAGUGAGUUCUAAGGACUCUUUUAUCUCUGCCUGCCUAGUGCUGAAUUCAUCUCAUGCUACUAUACCCAGCCAGCUUUUAUGUCUUGUUUUUAUGAAUAUAAGUGUGCUUUAUUCAUAAGAUAAAAUAUAUAUUUAAAUUUUUUAUUUGAAAAACAAAAUGUGUGAAACUUUGGCUUGCAUGUAUGCAUGUUACCAUUGUGUACAGUGCCUCCAGAGGUUAGAGAGGGUAUCCGGUCCCCUGAAAACAGUUACAGACAGUUGUGAGCCACCAUGUGGGUGCUGAGACUCGAACCCAGAUCCUCUGGAAGAGCAGCCAGUGCUCUUAUCCGUGGAGCUGUCUCUCCAGCUUUUUAAGCGGAUAUUGGAGAUUCGGCUUGGAGCAUGCUCAUACCACAAGCACUUUACCAACUGAGCUAUCGCCCUAGCUCCUAAAAAUACUGUAAAGCCAGUCACAUUUCACUCCUAGAAGUAAAUGUUCUUUUAGCUUGAGGCCAGCGAGGACCACAUAGUGAGUUCCAGGGCAUCCAGGGUUACAUUCAGCUCCACGUUAAAAAACCUGUCUGAAACAAAACAAAAACAAGCAAAAAAAAACAAAAACAAACAAAAAAAAAACAGUAUUAACUAGAGAUAGAGGUAUGCCCUGUUUUCUACACACCUGCAGUCUCUUCACUCAGGUAGCAGAAGCAAGACGAUUGAGAAUUGGAGGUCAGCCUGAGCUGAGACCCUGCCUUCGUAUUUAAGAUUUGGGGCUGUAUUUCAUGUUUCUUUGCUUGCUUGCUUGCUUGCUUGCUUGCUUGCUUGCUUGCUUGCUUGAUUGAUUGAUUGAUUUUGAAAGAGAGGGUACUUUACUGUGUAGCCCAGUCAAACCUCAAAGGGUUGAUCCCCCUGCCUCCUCCUUGGAUUGCAGGCAAGGGUUGUUUGAAGCUGCUUGAAAGCAGGAAACAGGCUGGUGGCCUCUGGAGGGGGUCAGCGCCUGCAUUUGAAGUCACCCCUCACACUGGUUUGCCUAGGCUACUGCUGGUUAUGAGCUAGCACCCCACACACACCUCCCUGUGCCAUGGCAGCACUGGUCUGAGACUGUUGAUGCUCCACGGUCUCCUGGUGUCCUAGGUUCAGUCAGAAGAGCCCUCCUCUCUCCAUGGCUCUCACAGGCCAUGACAAACAAGAUAUUUCUUCUCCUUGUUUAUUCUUGAACUCUCCUAAGGCCCUCUUGCCUCCUCUUGCCCACAAGGAAUUGGGGCUUUGUUCUCCUCUCCUCUCCUCUCCUCUCCUCUCCUCUCCUCUCCUCUCCUCUCCUCUCCUCUCCUCUCCUCUCCUCUCCUCUCCUCUCCUCUCCUCUCGAACUCAGAAAUCUGCCUGCCUCUGCCUCCCAAGUGCUGGGACUAAAGGUGUGCACCACCACGCCCGGCUGGCUUUGUUCUUUCUGUAUCAUGGCUAGUGACUCUGAGCUGCAAGCUGGGGUGUAGGGGCUCGGCCUGGAACCCAGGCCUUUGGCUUCCUGCCUCCGGCUGCUCUCCCCUUGCAACGGAGGCCUGGUCUUCUUUAGCUUCCUUUCCACCUAAUAUCCAGGGACUAGGGAGGUGGGUUCAGGCUUCUUGUCACCUUGUGGGCAAGAUUGAGACCUCGAUGUAAGGCCCAGAAACUCAGCUUGUCCCGGGGCCCCAGAGUGGAACCCUGUGGUGUUCGCAUCGAAUCUGGAGAUUACUGAGGGCUGUGAUGUCCCCACAGGAGCAGGGUAUCUGGGGCUCUCGGUUUUGGGUGAGCCUGGUGCGCAGGUUCAGGAAGGAAACUUCCUGAAGGUACAUCCAGGUUCCCCAGACUGAGUGACCUGCUUCCUCCUGAUUGCAGUUGCUUCCCAAAGAGGUGGAAGUGAGCUGUAGCCAGGCUCCUGAAGAAAGCCCCAAAUCCAACCAAGAGCUGUGUAAAGGCUUAAGCCCUGGGCAGUGUUCUUGGUCCCUAAGGUCACUUCUCUCUUUUUCAUGUGAUUUGGCCCUAAAUCAAUGACAGCUAGCCCCUGGAAAAGGUAUCGAGGUCAUUGAGAAGGGGGAGUCCCCAAAUUCAAGCGGGUCCUGAGGUGCAGAAUAUCCUCUUUUUCUCGUCAGCUUACCCUCAUCACAGUGCCAGGAGAUGCCUUUCCUCUUCGCGCAGAGACGUAGUCCCAGUAUUUUGAACUCCAUGGCACUUAGCAGAGAGCUAGGGGGUAAACGAGAUCCUUCUAGAAAGUGCUUUUGGAUCCAGCCUCUUUGCCAGUGUGCAUGCACACACGUCCGUGUGGCUCUUCUGGACAGAGUUUUCGUCAUAGGUCACCGCCACAAACUAUCCUUUCCGGUCUCCAUAACAAACCACAAGACCCAAGGUUAUUAAUUUCUCAGCACAGCACCCAGAUCUGUGGUUAGCAGGGGUGCAGGGCACAGCAGGUCUCACCGUGAAGGGGAAGUGCAAGUGAAUUCCCAGGAUGCGGGGGGGGGGGGGGGGCGGGGACGGGGGACGGGGACGGACUCUGGGCCUAACAGGGUAUUCAUGUGUUGCUGUGGUAAAUGCCAUGACUAAAAGUAAAAGCAACGUGGAGGAGGGAAGGGUUUGUUUGGCUGAGAGUUCCAUGCCACCAUGGUGCACCCAUCAUUGGGGGAAGCCAGGAAUGUGAUUCAAGCAGGAACCUGGAGGCAGGAACUGAAGCAGAGACCAUGGAGGAGCUCCGCUUACUGGCUAGAUCUCUCCCAAUUUCCCAGCCUGCUUUUACCACCCAGCACCUAGGGGUGGCGCUGUUUUCGUCCACCAAUUGGCAAUUAAAAAAACAAAAACAAACAAAACAAAACAAAACCAAAACCAACCAGCCAAACAAAUAAACAAACAAACAAAAACAAAUGCCUCACAGAGAUGUCCACAGGCCAGUCUGAUAGAGGUAAUUCUUCAAUUGAGGCGUCUUCUCCUUCCUAGGUACACCAAGAUGACAACCAAGAUUAAAUGUUAUUAUACAGAAGCUGGCAGUGGUGCAUGCCUUUAAUCCCAGUGCUCGGGAAGUAGAAGGAGAUGCCUCUCUGUGAGUUUGAGGCCAGCCUGAUCUAGUUGCAGGACAGCCAGAGUUACACAGAGAAGCCCUGUUGCAAAAUGUCAAUGUAGAAACCUCUCCAGACCAGAGCCCAUAGAAGAAAGGACUCCUAAGAUGCCUAGAAUGUUGAUUAUUCCUGGGCAGAGGAGGCUGCUUCUUGGAAUAGGUGUUUCUUGGAGAUCACAAACCUUGAGAAAUAUGCGUGUCUUAGGCAGGAAGUCGUGAGAGGAUCAUUGUGCGUGAUUCAUUCGUUCCCAAAAGGGCCUUAGGAGGUGUGACUGCAGAUGAUAAUGGCCGAUAAGUGCUACCAUUGAUACCGUUGAAAUUAACAAUAUGCUGAUGUGUGAGACAUUGUGAAUAAGUGAGGGGUGAGGGGUGAAGAGAGCAGGUCAGGAUGAGCCUGUACCGUGAGGCAUGGGUGUGAACAUAUGAUGGACGGUUGCCUUAAGUCUCUCUUGCCUGGAGCCGCACACUAAGUACAGUUCCAGAAAGCAGCACCCAUCUCCAUUCCGAAAGUAGCCUUCUGCACUUGGUCCAGUCUGAGGAACAUACCCACCAACUGCUGCCUACAGAAAGCUCCCAGAUUCCUUGAUCUUUCUGAGAGGGCCUUCAGUCCUUUGGCCCUGAGCUGGGAUGGCAGGAGGGUGUGUUCACUGUGGAGGGUGGUAAGAGAACUCAUAUCUACUGCCCCUCCCAGCCUGCCUUGGCCUUUCUGUUGUCAACCUUGGUUCUGUAGUAGUUUUGUGGAUUCUGAGAGGGCUUAGGAGGAGCCUGAGGGAAGUGGCCGUUUCCAAAGAAAGUAUUUCGAGCCCAGGUUAUCUCAGAAAGAAGCCUGAGGCUUAGUAGGUCUCUUUUCUUGGACAAUCAAGGUGGCAGAUACAGAAUGGGUGGCAGGGGAGAGGGCUCUAUACUGAGAUCCUUGGGCUGUUGCACUUCACAGCUACUACCAGAUCUCCCCGGACCUGCAGCCACAGCCCAGUCCCUUCCUUCUGCGAGGACCAUUCCUGUUCCCCGACGUUCCCUGAAUGCUUCUCCAGGCCUGCUCUCCCCAGCUCUCUCCUGACCUCCCCAGCCACAGGCUCCCGCUUCUGGCCCCACUGCACCUCCCAGCCUGCCUUUUUCCCCUCAGGCUUUUGGGAGCAUGCUUUGGCUGCCCAGGGAAGAUGCUAUCUUCCACAUCAGGGAGGGAUGAGGGCACUGCUGGGUGAGCUCGGGCCUCCUGAAGUUCUUGUUGUGCACUGUGCCCAGGCAGCUGAGCAGCUGAGUCACUCAGUAGCUGGCUGCAAAAGAAAGAGCCUGAAGUGGCAGGGAGCCUGCCUCCUUCCGAGGGCAGUGGCCCUCCUCCCUUGUCCCACAGACACACUGUGACCUCUCUUUCUACAGAUGGGACCCAGGCUGCCCUGCCCUCCAGCCAGACACACCAGGCUCUCAGCCCCAACCCAUGGACCUGCGGGUGGGCCAGCGGCCCACGGUGGAGCCCCCACCAGAGCCUGCGCUGCUGACCCUGCAACACCCCCAACGCCUGCACCGCCAUCUCUUCCUGGCAGGCUUACACCAGCAACAGCGCUCAGCCGAGCCCAUGAGGCUCUCCAUGGACCCACCAAUGCCGGAGCUGCAGGGGGGACAGCAGGAGCAAGAACUUCGGCAACUUCUCAAUAAAGACAAGAGCAAGCGAAGUGCCGUAGCCAGCAGUGUGGUCAAGCAGAAGCUGGCUGAAGUGAUCCUGAAGAAACAGCAGGCAGCCCUUGAGAGAACAGUCCAUCCCAGCAGCCCCAGUAUUCCCUACAGAACUCUUGAGCCCUUGGACACAGAGGGUGCUGCCCGCUCCGUGCUUAGCAGCUUCCUGCCUCCUGUUCCCAGCCUGCCCACUGAACCCCCGGAACACUUUCCCUUGCGUAAAACAGUGUCUGAACCCAACCUGAAGUUGCGCUACAAACCCAAGAAAUCCCUGGAGAGACGCAAGAAUCCCCUGCUCAGGAAGGAGAGUGCCCCGCCCAGCCUUCGGAGGAGGCCUGCCGAGACCCUUGGAGAUUCCUCCCCCAGUAGUAGCAGCACACCCGCGUCAGGGUGCAGCUCCCCUAAUGACAGCGAGCAUGGCCCUAACCCUGCCCUAGGCUCAGAGGCGCUCUUGGGCCAGCGGCUGCGGCUGCAGGAGACUUCUCUGGCCCCGUUCGCUUUGCCGACAGUGUCCUUGCUGCCCGCAAUCACACUGGGGCUGCCUGCCCCUGCCAGGGCUGAUGGUGACCGCAGGACCCAUUCAACUUUAGGCCCUCGGGGUCCUGUACUGGGGAACCCCCAUGCUCCCCUCUUCCUGCACCACGGUCUGGAGCCAGAGGCUGGGGGCACCUUACCCUCUCGCCUGCAACCCAUUCUCCUGCUGGACCCCUCAGUCUCUCAUGCCCCACUGUGGACUGUGCCUGGCCUUGGGCCCUUGCCCUUCCACUUUGCCCAGCCCUUACUGACCACCGAGCGGCUCUCUGGGUCAGGCCUCCAUCGACCACUUAACCGGACCCGCUCAGAGCCCCUGCCCCCCAGCGCCACAGCCUCCCCUCUGCUGGCCCCCCUGCAGCCCCGCCAGGAUCGGCUCAAACCUCACGUCCAGCUGAUCAAGCCAGCCAUCUCCCCUCCCCAGAGGCCUGCCAAGCCCAGUGAGAAGCCCCGACUGCGACAGAUACCCUCGGCUGAGGACCUAGAGACAGAUGGUGGGGGAGUGGGACCUAUGGCGAAUGAUGGCCUGGAACAUAGGGAGUCAGGCCGUGGGCCUCCUGAGGGCAGAGGCUCCAUUUCUCUGCAGCAGCAUCAACAGGUGCCACCCUGGGAGCAGCAGCAUCUAGCCGGGCGGCUCUCUCAGGGAAGCCCCGGGGACUCCGUGCUGAUACCUCUGGCCCAGGUUGGACACCGGCCCCUGUCCAGAACCCAGUCUUCCCCAGCAGCACCUGUCUCCCUGCUGAGCCCAGAGCCCACCUGUCAGACCCAAGUCCUCAACAGCUCAGAGACACCUGCUACAGGGCUGGUCUAUGACUCGGUGAUGCUGAAACACCAAUGUUCCUGUGGAGACAACAGCAAGCAUCCCGAGCAUGCAGGCCGCAUCCAGAGCAUCUGGUCCCGGCUGCAGGAACGGGGUCUCCGCAGCCAGUGUGAGUGUCUCCGAGGCCGAAAGGCUUCCCUAGAGGAGCUGCAGUCAGUCCACUCUGAACGGCACGUGCUCCUCUACGGCACGAACCCACUCAGCCGCCUCAAACUGGAUAACGGGAAGCUUACAGGACUCCUGGCACAGCGGACGUUUGUGAUGCUACCCUGUGGCGGGGUUGGGGUCGAUACUGACACCAUCUGGAACGAGCUGCAUUCCUCCAAUGCAGCCCGCUGGGCUGCGGGCAGUGUCACCGACCUUGCCUUCAAAGUAGCUUCCCGAGAGCUGAAGAAUGGCUUUGCUGUGGUGCGACCCCCGGGACACCAUGCAGAUCAUUCUACAGCCAUGGGCUUCUGCUUCUUCAACUCCGUGGCCAUCGCCUGCCGACAGCUACAGCAACACGGCAAAGCCAGCAAGAUCCUCAUUGUUGACUGGGAUGUUCACCAUGGCAACGGCACACAGCAGACUUUCUACCAGGACCCCAGUGUGCUCUACAUUUCCCUUCAUCGCCAUGACGACGGCAACUUCUUCCCAGGCAGUGGGGCCGUGGAUGAGGUGGGAACUGGCAGUGGCGAGGGCUUCAAUGUCAACGUGGCUUGGGCUGGGGGCUUGGAUCCACCCAUGGGGGAUCCUGAGUACCUGGCUGCUUUCAGGAUAGUGGUGAUGCCCAUUGCCCGAGAGUUUGCUCCAGACCUGGUCCUGGUGUCUGCUGGGUUUGAUGCUGCGGAGGGUCACCCAGCCCCGCUGGGUGGCUACCAUGUUUCUGCCAAAUGUUUUGGGUACAUGACGCAGCAGUUGAUGAACUUGGCAGGAGGCGCCGUGGUGUUGGCCUUAGAGGGUGGACAUGACCUCACGGCCAUCUGUGAUGCCUCGGAGGCCUGUGUAGCUGCUCUUCUGGGCAACAAGGUGGACCCCCUUUCAGAAGAAAGCUGGAAACAGAAACCCAACCUCAGUGCCAUCCGCUCGCUGGAAGCUGUGGUCAGGGUGCACAGGAAAUACUGGGGCUGCAUGCAGCGCUUGGCCUCCUGUCCAGACUCCUGGCUACCCAGAGUGCCGGGAGCUGAUGCAGAAGUGGAAGCCGUGACCGCGCUGGCAUCCCUUUCUGUGGGCAUCCUGGCUGAAGACAGGCCCUCGGAGCGGCUGGUGGAAGAGGAAGAACCCAUGAACCUCUAGGGUUUCAGAACAGAUCGCGCUUCAAAUGUGGCUCUCCUCGUCUCUGAUGUCAGCCCUGGUCCUGGGUCUUCAGAGAUCCUCUGGGCAGGUAGUCAGGUCCAGAGCACAGCCUACCCUGACGGCUAUCCCAAGGAACUUGAGAAGACCAUGGGAUCUGGGUAGGGGACCAGGGAGGACUCUGGGAGGAAGCAGGUUGGGCACUAGGGCACAGCUGGGCUCUUCCAGAACAGAUUAGGCCGUCUGGUGUCCACACCCCUAGCUGUGGUCUCCAUCCCUCCCUCAGGACUGCACAGAGGGGGACUGGCUCAACUGGGCCACCCAUAACCACUAUUCUUAACUUGGCCUCGGCCAGGGUGGCCUUUCUCAGGUUCUGAAGGGCUAGGAGCUGGAGGAGCCAAGGGUCCCCUAUUCCUGAGUACAGGAGAGUUUCCUCUCUCCUGUUUCCUCAAAUGCCUUUCUGGUAGCUCUGGGCUCUGAGAGCCAUUCUGAGCUGCUCUCUCCCUGUGAGUAGUAGUCACCUGCAAGUCUCCCAUCAGUCACUGUCUCGCCAGAGGCCACCCUAUGUGGACCAUCUCAGUGCCCCGGUGCAGCAGACAGGUGCUCUCUGAGUCCUGUGUCUCCUAACCCAACGGUGCCAAACCUUCAUCUCCCUUCAAAAGCACAACACAAUCCCAGGGAUGCCUGGUCACUGUCCCCAGUAUGAGCCUUCUGUUUCUGGGGUCCCUCCCACCCCUCAGCUCUGGCUGCUGCCCCACAUAGGACUAGCUUGGCUGAGGGGAACAAGAUGGGAGAGUAGACAGACAUGGGGGAGGGGAGGCCACCCCAGAAGUCUUCGAGGCUUUUGAGGUUUAGGUCUGGGACCAAGAAAGAGUAUUUGUGUGUAUGUGUGUGUAUGAGUGCGUGCAAGAGGGUAUAUGUGUGUGUGUCUUCCCACAACCCCACCGUACCUUGUCUAUGUAUGCAUGUUUUUGUAAAAAAGAAAAAAGUGAAAAAAAAAAACAAACUUCUGAACAAUAUAUGUUUUAUUUGCUUUAAA